AUGUCGCUGGUGGAUUAUGGUAGUAGUGACAGUAGUGGAGGCAGCGGCGGGGAGGGGCCCGCACCCGAGACCCCGGCUCCGGCACAGCACCAGGCCCGGGCACAGGCCCCGGCUCCGGGCCCGCUACAGGCCCAACUACAGGCCCCGGCUCCACUACAGGCCCAGGCCCGGCUACACCAGCAACUCCAGCCCCAGGCUCGGGCCCAGCUCCAGCAUCACCUCCAGGCCCCGCUACAGGCCCCGCCCGCGGCCCCGGCCACGACCAUCACCCGCACCCGCGCUCCCCGCGGCAACAAGCGGCGCCAGGCGGCCCGAGUCCACAUCCACAUACACGCCCCCGAGCUGGGGGAGGCGUCUGACUCUGACGAUGAAGGGCAGUUUCAGAAGAAGUCGAGUCAGGUGUCUGCAGCAGGGAUGGGCCUGUCCGCCCUCCUCCCACAGCCUCGCAACCUGACCCUGAAGGAGACGAACCGCACCCUGCUGCCCCACGCCUUCAGCAGGCCGCCCAAGGGGACGGGCCGAGUGGCCUCCGGCCGAGCCACGGUCACCACCACCACCACCCCGUCUCCGUCCGCCAUCAAGGCGGCGUCGAAGAACGCGGCCAAGCAACUGGCGCGGCACAUCAUGAACGAGAGGGCGAGCGACGAGGAUGGGGAUGGGGAGGAUGAGGAGGAGGAAGCGGGGGGAGGGGAACUCAGCUUCUUCUCGCUGUGCGACCGGCAGCUGCCACCGCCGCCGCUGCCCGCAGCCGCAGCCGCCAGGACUGAGGCGUACCCGGGCGUGCGGCCCGACCUGAGCCCCCCGCCCCCGCCCUGCCCCCGACCCGGCCCACGUCCCCAACCCCGCCGACGCCCCGCUGGAGUUCAACAGGAGCGCCUCGUCUCCGGGCGGGAGCGCCAACUCCGCGCCCGAGCUCGGCGGGCAGUACUCCGACUACAGCGGGCAGGAGGGCGAGGAGAGCAAAUACUACCAGAAUUACUACGAUGAUUACUACCAGGGCCUGGAGCCGGCCCCCACACCCGCUCCAGAGGAGGAACACGACACGUUCAUGAAUGAUG